GUCGGAAGAGAUUCCUGUAUCAAGAACGCUCCGUUAGACAGCAGUGAUCCUACGUUCCUCUGCAGGAAUGGGCCAAAUAGGACAUCUUCCUCGCAGAGCCGCGAGCGCCGCGCAGGCAAGGACUGGACAGAGCACGUCGGAGGGAGCCUGGAGGGAAAGCCACACACGCCCCCAGCCCGAGAUCGCCCGGCAGGGAUGGGCGAAAAGAUCUGGCUGCCCUUCCCGGUGCUGCUCCUGGCCGCUCUGCGCCCUGCGCUGCUGCCGGGGGUGGCGGGCUUCACGCACUCCUUGGACAGCGACUUCACGUUUACCCUUCCGGCCGGCCGGCGGGAGUGUUUCUACCAGCCCAUGCCCCUGAAGGCCUCGCUGGAGAUCGAGUACCAAGUUUUAGAUGGAGCAGGAUUAGAUAUUGAUUUCCAUCUUGCUUCUCCGGAAGGAAGAACCUUAGUUUUUGAACAAAGAAAAUCAGAUGGAGUUCACACGGUAGAGACGGAAGUAGGGGACUACAUGUUCUGCUUUGAUAAUACAUUCAGCACCAUUUCUGAGAAGGUGAUUUUCUUUGAAUUAAUCCUGGAUAAUAUGGGAGAACAGGAGCAAGAACAAGAGGACUGGAAGAAAUAUAUUACUGGCACAGAUAUGUUGGAUAUGAAACUAGAAGAUAUCCUGGAAUCCAUCAACAGUAUCAAGUCCAGACUAAGCAAAAGUGGUCAUAUCCAAACUCUGCUUAGAGCAUUUGAAGCUCGUGAUCGAAAUAUCCAAGAAAGCAACUUUGAUAGAGUCAACUUCUGGUCUAUGGUUAAUUUAGUGGUAAUGGUGGUGGUGUCAGCCAUUCAAGUUUAUAUGCUGAAGAGUCUAUUUGAAGAUAAGAGGAAAAGUAGAACUUAAAACUCCAUAUCAAAACUCCAUAUUGAAAAAGAGACAGAAAAAUGCAAUAAACUGUUACAGUCAAGACCAUUAAUAGUAUUUCCAAAAUGUUUUCAGUUAUUACCAUAAGUGUGAAACAAUUUUAAUUUUAAUGUGAAAGAAAAGUCUUCACUUUCAUCUGUGCAAGUAAUCUUAUUGCUCCGGUUAUACUUAAGUGCAUAGCAAAUAUUUUGCAGAGUAUAGGUAUAAUUGAAUGAAGCCAUAUUAAUAAUGGCAUUUUCCUAAGUUUAAAAAAAUAUGCAAAUGUGUCAUAAGUGAUUUAAAGAAAUGAACUUUGGGCCUAAAUGCAACACCAAACAAUUUUUGUUUGUUUAAGAUUUUUGUUGUUGAUUUUUAGAGAGAGGAAGUGAGAGAGGGAAACAUCAGUGUGAGAGGAAAUCAUCAAUAGGCUGCCUUCUGCACACCUCCUACCAGGGAUCUAGCCCAUAACCUGGGCAUGUGCCCUGACCAGGAAUUGAACCGGCAACCUUUUAGUGCAGGACGUCCAACCAACUGAGCAAUACCAGCCAGGGCCUAAUAAAGUUGCUGGGUUUUUUUGUUUUUGUUUUCUGUCAAUCCUCACCCGAGGAUUAUUUUCCAUUGAUUUUUACAGAGUUUGGGGGGGCAGGCGGGAAGAGAGACACAUCGAUUGGUUGCUCCUGUCACACCCUGACUGGGGCUGUGGGUUGUACCUGCAAUCCAGGUUAAGUGCCCUUAACCAGUAAUCAAACCUGCGACCCUUUGGUGCCUGUGCCAAUGUUCUAACCACUGAUCCACACUAGCCAGGGCCGAACAAUUUUAUAUAUAUAUAUAUUUAUAUAUAUAUAUAUAUAUAUAUAUAUUUAUAUAUUUUUUUUAUUUCAGAGAGGAAGGGAGAGCUAGAAACGUGUUGAGAGAGAAUUACCUGCCUCCAGCACACACCACACUGGGGGGCAUCGAGCCUGCAACCUGGGCAUGUGCCCUUGACUGGAAUCGAACCCGGGACCCUUCAGUCUGCAGGCCGACGCUCUAUCCACUGGGCCAAACCAGCUAGGCCAAACAAUGUUUUUAAAAGAUUCUCUUACCUAGAAGUUUCCUUGUAAAUGUAGCAAUUACAAAUUAACUAUAAAUUUCCAACAUAUUAAGUUAUAAAUCAUCUGAGAAUUAACCUAAUUGUGGAUUGAAUAUAUCUUUAGAAGACAAAGACUCAACUUUUCUGUUUUUACGUAUGUAUCUCUCCUCUAAUGUAUAUAGAAGCAUAGCUGUAAAAAACAGAUUUGUGAGACUUUUAUAACCAAAUAUAUUUCAAUUUAAAAUAUUAGCAAAAAGUGUUUUAUAUACUUAUCUUACAUUUCCAAAAGCUGACAUUGUGAUAAUUCUUAAAAAUGCUAAAUCAUAAUUAUUAAAAUUAGGACAAAUUAUCUUUUUGAAAUGAAGAGUUAAACGUUGCUGUCUCCUUUAGGACUUAAUUCUGUCUAAUCCUUAACUAAGGUAUAGUAUUUUAAAAUUAAAUGUGAGAGAAAUAAUUUUGUUUUUAUGUUGUCAACAGUGUUAUGUUAAUUUUAACAUGAUUAUUGAGUUGGAAACAUUAUUACCAGCAGUGGUAAAGGAAAUAUUGCUAAAAGGAUCUGGGCCUAACAUAAAUAAAUAUUGCCUUUUCUGACUUCUCAAAAUCAGUAAAAAAGAACUAAUGAAGUCAAUAUAAAAAGAAUUUAGGUAAGUAUCUAUAACCAUAUUGAUCCAACCUUAAUAUAAAUCAUGAGAUAAUUUCCAGUUAACUAGAAGAAAUAUUACUUGGCUAUAAACUUUUUUACAACUGUUUUAUUCUGUUUUGAAUUAUCUAAUAAGUAUUCAGAUACAUUUUAUUAAAUAUAAGUCCUAUUUUAGUUUAGCACUGGGUAUACAUGUUUAUUACAAAUUUUAUUAUAACUUUCAUAAAAUGAUUUUUCUGAUCAUUUUAUUGACAUUCAAGUAAAAUUUGAAACUCUCAGAAUCCCAAGUUUGAAUAUUCCAUAUACAACUUUACAAAUAAAGUUUGUACUGUCCUGGCCUACUGCAGUCCAUAGAGUCUUACUCAAAUACUAGUAAUUUAGCUACAUCAUUAAUUGAAUAGCAUUUUUAGGUUAUACCCAUUUGUAGUAUUGUUUAUAACAAAUAUGAGUUAGAAGCAAUCAACUUCUAAAUUUGAGUACAGAAUCCCUCUGUAGGUUAGUACUGCUGGCAUUGUUAAGCAAUAAUUGAUAUCCAGAGAAUGUUUUCAUUAUGAUUUACACUCUGAGUGGUACAAAAAGAUUUAUUUCCCUCCUAUGCCUCUGGGAGCACAGAAACUUGUUUGCCUAUUUUCAAGCUUUUUUAAAGUCAGAUAAAUGUCAUGUAUGAUCAAUUACCUUCAUUGGCCAAGAAAGUGCUUUAAGUGUCCAGGAGUAGUCCCUGUAACACAUGCAAAACAAGGGCCAAUAAGUCAUUGCCUCUGAAAAGCCCUCCCCGUCCCCCCUCCUGUUAACCUCCUAAUGAGAAGCAAACUUAGAGUACUACAAAAACAGUACAACUACUGCAUCUUUUCUAUAAAACUGUGAUUAAGAAUUCUACCUCUUAUGAAUGGCUAGCUACUAUACUGUACUCUUAUUACCUACCUAACAAUGAAUUUCUUACAUCUUGUACAUAUGAUUUGUGCCACUGAUGUUAAACAUGAUUCAGUAACUUUUCACCAUGUAACAAUGGCCUUAUUUGGAAAAGAAUUUAGGAAUAUUGAGGACAAUUUUAUUUUUAUAGAUACAAAGUGAAAAGAGAUUAUUUAAGAAGCAUGUUACCUGUAUUAGCCAAAAGAAGUAAAAUUUAUAAGCAAAGGACUAGAUUUUGAAAUAUUUCUAAAGCUAUAUUAUUUGCUUCAUGGUUUUUAAUGUCAACAUUCAAUUUCAAAGUUAAAAUUAUGCUAAAAUUGAGUAAGCUAUCAACAGCUUUUUGUCUUUCGCUUUUAAUUAAAUUUAAAAUACAGCAAUAUUUAAGUAAGGCCUAGCAUUUCGCUCUGAUUUGCAUUUGGAUAAUUAAUGAUAUUCUUUUCUUUCAUAUGAAUGUCAAGACAUAAAGGAUAAAUAAUGGUUGAAAUAGCAUUGAAAUGAAUUACAAAUUCAAAAGUAAUUUCAUGUUAUGUUUAUCCUUCUUAAGCAUUGCUAUUAUGUCUUAACAUUGACAGAGACUUGAGUUCCUAUAAUUGUAUGCCUCCUCAAAUGAAAUUUUAAAAGAAAUUGAUUCAGCAUGUAAUGGUGUUUCAUCUGAAGUGUAAUAAUGCAGUGUUGUUCAAAUUGCCUUAUACUUGUGAACAACCAUAUUAAGUGAGAAAUGAAUACUGCACUGAGUGUAAUAAAAAUUUAAAAAUCUAA